AUGAAAGAUCUUGGAAUUCCUGAAGAAAAAACAAAGCCAGACUUAAAGAGGCUUUUACAACUUUGUGAUAAGAACUGGGAGCUUAUUGAAGAAAAAAACUAUAGAGCUCUUGCUGAUGCUAUUUUUGAUACCCAAGAGUCAGAGGAAGUAGAACACAAGAAAAAACUUGAUGUAUUGCACUCAUUGGAUCAAGAUGCCAGAAACGGAUUGACACCAAUAAAAUUAAGAGCAAAAUCAGCUAAAUUUGCUAAAGCAACAGUCAAGGCACAAAUGGCAUCAUUCAAGAGAUUUGGAGUAUGGGCAGAUUGGGAUCAUCCUUAUCUCACUCUUGAUCCAGAAUAUGAAGCUGCUCAGAUUGAAGUGUUUGGGCAAAUGGUUUUCAAAAGGUACAUAUACAGACGGAGAAAGCCAGUGCACUGGAGUCCUUCAUCACGCACUGCUCUUGCAGAGGCUGAAUUAGAGUAUCCUGAAGUCCAUGUUUCAAAGAGCAUGUAUGCAAUUUUCAAAUUACUAACUACUCCAACUAAAGAUGGAUUACUUGAUGAAUUUCCCAAAUUGUCCCUUGCAAUUUGGACCACAACUCCUUGGACUAUUCCUGCAAAUGCUGCUGUUGCAGUGAAUUCCAAGCUCCAGUAUGCCAUUGUUGAAGUGCAAUCACCUUCACCUGAUGUUACUUCAUCUUCUGAAGAUGGAAAGAAGAGAAUUGGUAGUGUUUUGAAAGGCUCUAAGAUACCAUUUUUCAUUGUUGCACUUGACCUUUUGUCAACACUGGAAUCCAAAUGGAAUGUGAAACUUGUUGUUAAGAAAACAGUUUUCGGUUCAGAUCUUGAAAAUUGCAGAUAUGCACAUCCAAUAAAUGGGGAAGAAUGUCCAGUUGUGAUUGGAGGAGAUUACAUCACAACAGAAUCAGGAACAGGACUUGUCCAUACUGCCCCUGGACAUGGACAAGAUGAUUAUAUAACAGGAUUAAAAUACAAUUUGCCAAUAAUAUCCCCAGUAGACGAUGAAGGAAAAUUCACUGAAGAAGCUGGAAUCUUUAAAGGGCUUGAUGUGUUAGGAGAUGGGAAUGUUGCUGUAAUUGAUCACUUGGAUCAACUUUCAUCAAUUAUCAUGGUGGAACCUUACAAGCAUAAGUAUCCUUAUGAUUGGAGGACAAAAAAGCCUACGAUUUUUAGGGCAACUGCACAAUGGUUUGCAUCUGUUGAAGGAUUCAGAGAGGCUGCUAUGGAUGCCAUUAGUCAAGUAGUAUGGACUCCAUCUCAGGUACUAAAAAAGGUUCGGUUUGGGCUGUUACAGGGGGUAGUGAUGGGAUUGCAAAUACCAACUCGGUUUGAGUUCUAUUUUGCAUCCAUCUCUGAUUUGAGUUCACCUCUUCAACGACUGAAGAAUCCAUCUCUUCAUUUUAAUCCAUCGCAGCUCCCUGUGACACACUUACCAACUCGGUUCACCUCUUUGCUUGGUUUAGAUUUUGUUGAUGUCAUAGCUAAACUAAUUAUGUUCUCUUUCUCCUUCUCCAUUUACAGAAUCAAUAAUGGGUUUGGGGAAAACCCUGUGAAACAGCCAUUUGAAUGUGAUGAUUAG